CGCGCCUGGCUCCCGCGGCACACGGCUGGGCGGCCGCAGCGGUGCUCCGCGGAGCUGGGGAAGGGGCUGGCUCUGCCUCCUCUCGCUCAUCUCUGCCCUCCGGAGCGGCCAGCCAGUGGCCUGAGCCGGCGCCGCGCUGCAGCCCUCGGCUCCUGCAAUGGACACGGGAGAGAGGAGGCGCCCCGGGGCCGGGGGAGGAGCAGCAGCCGUGGAGCCGUCGCCCCGCUCCCCGGCAGCCGGCGGCAUGAACAGCUGCGAUGCCAAGGAGUACCUGGCCCGGAGGGAGAUCCCGCAGCUCUUCGAGAGUCUGUUGAAUGGAUUAGUGUGUUACAAACCUGAUGACCCAAUAGAAUAUUUGGAAGGCUGUUUACAAAAAGUGAAGGAGCUGGGAGGGUCAGAAAAAGUGAAAUGGGACACGUUUGUUAGUCAAGAAAAGAGGACAUUACCCCCGCUCAAUGGAGGACAAUCAAGAAGAUCCUUUUUCAGGAAUGUGAUGCCUGACAAUCCUAACUUUCCUUAUCGACGAUAUGACCGACUCCCUCCAAUCCACCAGUUCUCCAUAGAAAGUGACACAGAUCUUUCUGAAACUGCUGAGCUAAUUGAGGAAUAUGAUGUAUUUGAUCCUGCAAGACCUCGACCAAAAAUCAUCCUUGUCUUAGGUGGCCCAGGAAGUGGGAAGGGAACCCAAAGUUUGAAAAUAGCAGAACGUUAUGGAUUUGAAUAUAUAUCAGUUGGUGAAUUGUUAAGGAAGAAGAUCCACAAUACGAGCAGCAACAGAAAAUGGAGUCUAAUUGCUAAAAUAAUUACUACAGGAGAACUGGCCCCUCAGGAAACAACCAUAACUGAGAUAAAGCAGAGAUUAAUGCAGAUUCCUGAUGAAGAAGGUAUAGUUAUUGAUGGAUUUCCAAGAGACGUUGCACAGGCACUCUCCUUUGAGGACCAAAUCUGCACUCCAGAUUUGGUGGUGUUUCUGGCCUGUUCCAAUCAGCGGCUGAAGGAAAGGUUAUUGAAACGUGCUGAACAGCAAGGGAGACCUGAUGACAACCUGAAAGCCACUCAAAGACGACUAAUUAAUUUCAAGCAGAAUGCUGUUCCACUGGUCAAAUAUUUCCAGGAAAAGGGGCUAAUCAUCACAUUUGAUGCGGACAGGGACGAAGAGGAAGUUUUCUAUGACAUACGCAUGGCACUCGACAAUAAGCUAUUUUCUCCCAAAGAGGCAGUGGCAGGGCCAAAUGUACUUGAUCUUAGUCUGACUAUGGAUUGUGGAGAUAUCUCUGAUACCGAAUUUGACUUUGAAGACCAGGUAGAUGACCAAUCAAAUUUCUCUGGAUAUGAGAACGCAGGCGAUUUUACAGAAGAUCUAAGGAAAUCUAACAUCAUUUUUGUAGUUGGUGGCCCUGGCUCUGGCAAAGGAACCCAGUGUGAACAAUUAGCACAGAAAUAUGGAUUUACUCAUCUGUCCACUGGUGACCUCCUCCAACGUGAAUUAACAUCAUCAUCAGAGAGGAGCAAACUGAUCAAAGACAUCAUGGAAUGUGGCGAACUGGUGCCUGGAGAUAUUGUUUUGGCGCUACUGAAGGAGGCCAUGAUUGCCAGUUUAGGAGACACAAAGGGAUUUCUGAUUGAUGGGUAUCCCAGGGACGUGAAACAGGGAGAAGAAUUUGAAUGCAAGAUUGGGGAGCCAAAACUUGUGCUCUACCUGGACUGCUCCACUGAGACCAUGAGCAGUCGCCUUUUGAAGAGGAGUCAGUGCACUGAUGAUGCCGAAGCUGUCAUGAAACGAAUUGAUACAUACUACCAAGCAACCGAGCCCAUGAUUGCAUAUUAUGAAAAGAAGACACAGUUAUGCAAGAUACAUGCAGAAGGAACACCAGAAGAGGUUUUUCUUCAAGUCUGCUCAUCAGUCGACUGCUUUCUGAAAAAGGAAGAGGAAGCAUUGUCUCUUUCAGCAGAAGUACAGUAAUGGUUUACCUACGAAGUUUCAUCUCAUGUGCACUUGCUGUUCAAAGCAAUAUCUGCUGUCUUGAGAGAUAUCUGGAAUUUGUGCAUGUGGUAUUAAAUGUUACUUUAAAAUAAAUCUUUUAUUUAUAAUCAAACAGUAUGCUAAA